CGGUAAAAUACUAUAAACUAAACUACACUAAACAGUCUUACAAGUUCACAAUUUUGAAUUUACAUGUUCUACUGUCUUUUUUUAUUCAAUAUUCGGCUAAUAUCAUAAUUUUGUGUUUGUACCAUAGAGUAAUAGAGUAAUACUACUUAUGGGUGGUACAUUAUUAUUCUUUUGUAGUACAGUCUACUUUACAGAUAUAUAACUUUAAAUCUUUAGUUUUUACUCGAAAAAUAAUAAAGAUAUUUUUUAAACGAUGAUAACCAACCACGACAUUUUUUAGCGUUUGAUAUUCGCAUACUCUCGUUGGUUCGGUUUUAAGUUCAACAAGGCGGUCCUGUAAACCGUAACGAUUUCGUUUGAAAAUUCUAAAUAGAAAACAACAUGGCUUCACCUAGUAAAAGUUUGGGACCAUACAAAAUUAGUGAAGAAGAUUUAGAGGUACAGAGACGCCAACUUAGAUGUAUCAACAGGCGAUGUAGGUAUGGUGAUACUCUAAUUGAUGCAUUGGAACUAGCGUGUGCUUACUAUGAUAUUGAUUACAAGCCAGGCAGAGAGGUUUGCGUCACAUGUUUUACCAAAUGUCUUAAACAUUAUAAGUAUCUCGAAUCAAAAUGGAAGGAGGGAAAAUGUAUUAUGGAUUCCAGUUUUCCAAAUUAUGAUUCAUAUUUACUUAUUGAUGAUUCAUCAGGCGAUGACGAUGAUGAUGACGAUGACGAUGAGCCAAGACCUGGUACUUCUAGGGAUGGUUUACCUGCUGAUGAAGAUGUUAAAAAUGCUAUUGGUAGUGCAGUCACGCAUUAUUUUAAUAAAAACAAAUUUCUCUUUGAUCAUCAAGUUAAAUUAUGUGAUGACUAUAUGACUCGGGGAAUAACCAAAUGUUUGACUGAUGCAGAUGCAAUUGAUCAAGUUGCUUCUCAGUUAGAAGAUGAAAUGAAAUUAUUAAGGGAAGAAUUAUAUAAACCAUAUCAACCAGUUAUAACAUCCUUAGAUCCUGUAGAAAUAAGUGAUUUGGAGGAGGAAUUAGAAGAGGAAAAUGAAAACCUUGAAACACCUAAAGAAGAAGUUCAGUAUCCUGAUGAAGAAAUCAUUACAAAUCAAGAAGCUAAAAGACUUAAAUUAGAUAAAUCUGAUAAAGAAGAUGUUAUCGCUAUUAAUAGCACUGUUUUUCAUACACCAUCUCAUGUACCUAUGGAAGGGUCUUUAGAAUAUCCUUCUAUCGUUGAUGGACAAACUGUAUAUGGAAUGAAGUUAACUUUAUUACAACCAUGGUAUACAUGUAAGAUAAAAAGUUUAAUUAACAGUGAUUAUGUACACAUCAAAUUUGAAAACGAUGAAAAGUUAGUGACAACAAAGGAAAUUGCUUAUUGUACACUGAAUCCAGUGAGAUUUCCUGUGGGUUGCAGAGUAAUUGCUAAAUAUACAGAUCCCAAUUCUAAAAAUGUUGAAUUUUAUGCUGGUAUAAUAGCUGAACCACCUAAAAUGCUUAAUGUAUUUCGUUAUUUGAUUUUUUUCGAUGCUGGUUAUGUUCAAUAUCGACGACAUCAAGAUAUCCGUUUAAUUGCACGCAAAUCAAAUCAAGUAUGGAAUGAUAUACACCUGGAUUCAAAAGAAUUUAUAAAAAGUUAUUUAGAAAAAUAUCCUGAACGUCAAAUGGUUAAGUUGACUAUUCAACAUUCAGUCCGAGCAGAAUAUCAAAACCAGUGGCAGAUGGCAAAAGUGCUUGAAGUUGAUGCAUCUUUGGUUAAAUUAUAUUUUCCAGAAUUCAAACACAGUGAAUGGCUUUAUCGUGGUUCUUCACGUUUAUAUAAUAUUUUUGAAAAACAAACCAAGUUUGAGAGAGGCAUUCGAUUAAGGCAAUCUGGACUCGCUUAUUUAAAUAAACCAUUUGUAGAAUUUACAAGUGUUGAAGAAGAACCUUGCCGUAAUUUAGCAAAAAAUAAUGGUAAUGUAGCUCGUAAAAGUACCAGCAAAACACCAACACAAGGGGAUGGAACUACAGGUGAUGGAACUAGUUUUAAUAAUAAAUUUACUAAAAUUAAGGCUAAUUUCUCCAAGGUUAUUGAUAUUAUAUUGCCUAAAAGCGUUCCCAAUCCAAUUACUUAUAUUAAACACAAAUGUAAUCCUUCAUGUAUUGCAUGGACAGCAUAUAACUAUGAGAGAACACGACAAAUCAGCAUGUUGACUAUUCCUUUACAUUUUGGUUUUGUCAGAUAUCUGACAUUAUUUAAUAACUGUCAAAAACAUAUCCUGUACAGAACUCCGUGUGGUCUUACUAUUCGAAACAUGAAACAGAUGCUGGAAUAUCUUAUUGUUACCAAAAGCAAAAUGACUAUUGACCAAUUCGAUUUUAAUAGUUGGGUCAAUCCAUUUUCAGAAUUUAAAAUUAUAAAACAUGUGCAAUUUUUAAAAGAUAUAUCUGAAGGUAAAGAAUUUAGAAGCAUACCAUGUGUGAAUACACUUAACAGUAUAUUACCACCAAAAAUGGAUUAUAUGACUGCUAGACAACCAAUGCCAGGUGUUAGCAUAAAUGUAGAGAGUGAUUUCUUAUGUGGUUGUGACUGUACUGACAACUGCCAAGACAAAUCGAAAUGUGCUUGUUGGCAGAUGACUAUCGAUGGACAAAAGAUUUUACCUAAUCUAUACAAAGACCCUAAUAUUGGUUACAGUUAUCGAAGAUUACCCGAACGAGUCUUAACUGGUAUAUACGAGUGCAAUAAAACAUGUAAAUGUUCUAGUUCUUGUUUAAAUCGUGUUGUACAGAACCCAUUGUCACAAAAAUUACAAUUAUUCAUGACGGAGAAAAAAGGAUGGGGUGUACGAUGUUUAAACGAUAUACCUCAAGGAAGUUUCAUAUGUAUUUAUGUUGGUUGUUUGUUAACUGAAACUGAUGCUAAUGAAGGUGGCGUGAAUUAUGGUGAUGAAUAUUUAGCGGAGUUAGAUUAUAUUGAAGUUGUUGAAAAAAUAAAAGAAGAUUAUGAAAGUGAUAUACCUAUAAGUGACUGCGAGGAUGAUGCUGAGAAGAAUCUAUCCGAAUCGUCUGAUGAUCAAUAUCCUAGUACAUCUGAUGGCAAAAGAACUGAAAUGCAACUAAGGUUACGGAAACGCAAAAAAUCAAAAACUAAAAAAGAUGAUAAACAGGUACAUGUUCCAUCUAAACUAAAUGAUUUGAAAAACAACCCUGUAUCUUCAAAAUCAAUGCGUGAAUAUUUUGGAAAUAACGAGAGUGUAUAUAUCAUGGAUGCCAAAACUCGGGGCAACAUUGGACGUUAUUUAAAUCAUUCAUGUUGUCCAAAUACAUUUGUCCAAAAUGUAUUUGUGGAUACACAUGACUUGAGAUUUCCAUGGAUAUCAUUUUUUGCACUUCAUUACAUACAAGCUGGAACAGAACUAACUUGGGAUUAUAGCUAUGAUAUAGGAAGUGUUCCAGGAAAAAAUUUGAAAUGUCAUUGUGAGGCAAUGUUCUGUAGAGGGAGAUUACUUUAAUUUUAUAGCAAAAAGAGUCAAGUCUGAAACAAAAUAUAAUUUUUUUUUUAUAAUCAUAUCAUUUUUAAGUAGUUUAUAUAAAAUAAUAAAUUAGAUAUUUUCCAUAUAGUUUUAUUUAAAUAAUUUUAACGGGCAAUGUUUUUAUUUUUAUAGUUUUGACAAAACAAUGAAUGUAUUAUAUAAUUAAUCUAUAAUAAAGAAAAUAUUUUAAUUUUA